AUAAAGUUUUGUUUAGUUUUAUGAAGAAGAAAAUAACAUCAAAAUGGUCUGAUGGAACUUUGCUAUGAUAUUCGGGGGUUAAAAAAAAAGUGUUGGUUGGAGUGUAAAACCUCCUCCAGGCUGCUCCGUGGGGUGGUUUUUGUGGAGGGGGGUAUAAUCGCCGUGUCAGUUUAGGCUUUCUUAUGCAAAGAGGUUGUGUUUGAAGGCGGAUCUUUCAGCAGGUUAGACUCACACUCCAGCUCACACUCCAGCUCACACUGCUUCCACGAAUCUCUCAGACGGAGCUGUAGACGAACAGAAGAGUACUACCUUCUCACUUUCUCAUUUCCUAUGCCUUUCUUGUUUGAGGGAUUUCACAGGAGUUUUUUUUAUUUUGUAUAGAAACCUUGUUAUUGUUUGUAAAAAAAAAAAAGUAUCAGCACUUCUUAAAAGAUGGACAAAAUGUUCUUAAUGACUCACAGGACUGAAGAUUUACAGAAAUCUCUGGAUUACCUUUAAAAAACAAAAACCUUACCCAGAUGAGUACAGCGUCUGUGUUCGAUAAAAUGGGUGGAUUUUUUUCUUCUUUCUCCAUAUGACAGUGCGUGUCUUCAUGGAAAGUGUUUCCCAUGUUUUCCGAGAUGUUCUGAAAGGUUCUCCGUGGAGUACUCCGGCAACGUCUUGACUUCUAGAGGGUCCGUUGGACACAGCGCGUAGUUGUCCGAGAAGUUUGUUUUUCUCUGUGAGUCGAAUCUGCAGCUCAACCGACCUGUCCCGCAGCUCGAUCGACAAGACGGGGCAAAAUAGGUGCUGUUUUGAAAGGCAAACAUUUGUGUAAAUACUUACAUGUACUACAUGAGAUAACCCCAGUGUCUGGAAAAAAUGUUUUACUCCGCAUUUAAAUGGAGUCUUUUCAGCUUGCUGGGGCUUUUUUUCGGGACAGACUUGUGCUCUGCCAUCAGCUCCAUCGACCAGGACCGACCAGGGGAAGGCAGAUGCCAGGAAAUCACUAUUCCUCUCUGCAAGGACAUUGGUUAUAACUUGACCGUUAUGCCCAAUUUGAUGGGGCACGAGGAUCAGGUAGAGGCUUCUAUAAAGCUCCACGAAUUCGUCCCGCUGAUCGAGUUCGGCUGCCACAGCCACCUCAAGUUUUUCCUGUGCUCUCUUUAUGCCCCCAUGUGCACGGAGCAGGUCUCCACGCCAAUCCCAGCCUGCCGAGUGAUGUGCGAGCAGGCAAGGCAGAAGUGUUCCCCUAUUAUGGAGCAGUUUAAUUUUCACUGGCCCGACUCGCUAGACUGUUCCAGGUUACCUAAUAAGAACGACCCCAACUUCCUUUGCAUGGAGGCUCCAAACAACGGCAGCGACGAAACUUCUUCCAAAGGAUUGCACACCCAGCCUCCUGACUCGCGCCCUCCUCGACACGGGAGCAACCAGGAUCUAAACAUUAAGGAGAGGAUGGGCAAGGAAACUUGCGGGAACCCUGGAAAGUUCCACUACGUGCAGAAAAGUGAGUCAUGUGCCCCAAAGUGUUACCCCAAAGUGGAUGUGUACUGGAGUCAGGCGGACAAGCGCUUCUCCCUGGUCUGGAUCGCUAUCUGGUCCAUCCUUUGCUUCGUCUCCAGCGCUUUCACCGUCCUAACCUUCCUCAUUGACCCACAGCGGUUCAGGUACCCCGAGCGCCCCAUCAUUUUCCUUUCCAUGUCCUACUGUGUCUAUUCUGUUGGCUACCUCAUUCGACUGUUUGUUGGGGCUGAAAAUGUGGCCUGUGACCGUGACAGCGGUGUCCAGUACAUCAUCCAGGAGGGCCUGGAGAGCACGGGGUGCACUAUAGUCUUCCUAAUCCUCUACUAUUUUGGCAUGGCUAGCUCCCUCUGGUGGGUGAUUCUGACUCUCACCUGGUUCCUGGCAGCUGGAAAGAAAUGGGGACAUGAGGCGAUUGAAGCCAACAGCAGCUACUUUCACCUCGCUGCGUGGGCCAUUCCAGCUAUAAAGACUAUCCUGAUUCUGGUCAUGAGAAAGGUAGCAGGCGAUGAAUUGACAGGUAUCUGUUAUGUAGGCAGCAUGGACGUCAAGGCUAUGACUGGCUUUGUCCUAAUCCCUCUGUCUUGCUACCUCAUCAUAGGCACCUCAUUUCUGCUCUCCGGCUUUGUCGCACUCUUUCACAUUCGCAAGGUUAUGAAAACAGAAGGGGAGAACACUGACAAACUGGAGAAGCUGAUGGUGCGGAUCGGAGUGUUCUCUGUCCUCUACACUGUCCCUGCCACCUGUGUGAUUGCGUGCUACUUCUACGAGCGUCUCAACAUGGACUACUGGAAAGUUCUGGCUGGAGAGCAGCGCUGCAUGGAGGGGGUGAACGGGAGCGGAGAAGAGUGCACCAUGAAGAGCUCCAUUCCUGCCGUUGAGAUAUUCAUGGUGAAAAUCUUUAUGCUACUGGUGGUGGGCAUCACCAGCGGCAUGUGGAUCUGGACUUCUAAGACUCUGCAGUCAUGGCAGAACGUAUUUAGCCGCAAACUGAGGAAGAGGGCACGGAGGAAGGCAGCGUGCGUUUUCACAGGCACUCGUCCCUACUUGAAACCUCACCCUGCACUGAAGGGACACAAAUCAAAGUAUGAACCCACUGGAGCUCCAGCCACGUGUGUAUGAGCAGAAAAUCUUAUGCACAAAACAAAGGAACACACGUAUGCGGGACACUUAUGUUUAUUUUUCCAACACGGUUCAUGUUAGAGUCUGUGGGUGAACAAACCACUGCAAAAUACAGGACACAAAGUUCAUGUAUAUUUUAUGCAAGCCUUAUUUUAUAAAAAAAAAAAAAAAACCUACAGUGUUCUAAUGACAGAUUGUUUGACAGAUUCUCAAAAACAUCUGU